AUGUCUGAAACUAAAGAGUUAGAUUAUCCAAGGUAUGCCCAUGUAGAAGGGCACACGGAUGUAUGUUACUCGGAAGAUGGACGAUAUUUGAUUACGUGUGGUCAGGAUGGAGAUAUACGAAUAUGGGAUGGUAUUGAAGAUGGCGAUCCUAUUGAAAAAUGUGUUGGUAGUGAAGCAUUUGCCGUACAUCAAUCAGGAGAUAUGUUAUAUGUUGGCGAUGAUCAUCAUACACUUCAAGUUUACACAUUUCCAAAAGCAGAGUUAAUAGAUACAUUAACUCGAUUUACUGCUUCAGUCUGUUGUUUAGAUUCAUCUAAGGAUGGCAAACUAAUUGCUGCUGGUGCAUGUGACUCAUCUAUUCAAGUAGUGAAUAAAGAUACUAAAAGUGUAUUGAAUUUUAAUGGUCACAAAAGUCCAAUUUUAUCUAUUAAAUUUGAUGCAUUAGCUGAGUUUUUGGUGUCAUCCAGUUGUGAUGGAACUGUAAAAAUAUGGAGUAUAGAAAAAAAAUCUGUUGUAAAAGAAUGGACUAGUGUGAUACCAGUUAGCAAUGCAUUUCAGCAUUCCAAGAUCAAAUGUACUCCUGCAUGGGAUCCUAUAGAUGGAAACUCAUUAGCUAUACCUUUUGGCAAAGAAAUAAAAUUGUUCCAAAGAGGCUUAUGGAGAGAACUUUACACACUACAUGACUACCGAUUAUCAGAACAAGAGAUCACUGUUAUGAGUUGGUCAAAAUGUGGUAGAUAUAUAGCUGCUGGAACAAACACAGGAUUUAUAUUGGUGUGGAAUGUAUCAUCUCAAGUAAUUGUAUUACAUGCAGAGUGUAAGGAACGAUAUUCUAUAAGAAGUUUAGUCUGGUGCCCUAAAAAUGGUGAACACACACUAGCCUAUUGUGAUGAUCAUGGCCAAUUAGGUUUGGUUGAAAAUGCUGAAUCAGAUGAUUUUAAUAUAGAUCCAACUUAUGACAAGGAAAACAUAUUAAUGAUGGAUGAAGAGUCUAGUGAUAAUGUUAUAUCAUUAGAGCAAAUAAAACACGAUGCUGAAGUUGAACUUAACAAGCAAAGAGGUGUAUCUUUAAAUAAUGUUGAUGGUUUAGAAAUUGAUGACGACAAUAGCAAUUUGUCUUCUAAAUAUAUUCCUCCUACUGCUAGUUUCACUGUGGAUCUACAAAGUCCAUUUCAACCUUGUUCAACACCUGUUCAUCUACAAAGGCGCUUCAUGGUUUUCAACGAUGUUGGUUAUGCUCGUCAAACUAACACUGCUGAUGAAAAUGUAAUUGAUGUAGAUUUUCAUGAUAACACUGUCCAUCAUGCUUUUCGUAUCAAAAAUGUCUUAGGACAUACUAUCGCUGCUAUGUGUCAAGAAGCAUUAGUCUUAGGUUGUGAUACUCAAGAUAAUACACCUAGCAAAUUGGUCUGUGUACUACUAAAUUCAUGGGAUGGUAAACGUGAAUGGACUGUUGAUUUACCUGAUGAUGAUGAUAUAUGUGGAUUAGCAGUUACUGCUGAUUGGAUUGCGGUUGCUUCAGUAUCGCGUUUAUUAAGAUUAUUUACUCUUGGUGGUGGCCAAAGAGAGAUAAUAUCUAUACCUGGACCUAUAGUAGCUAUAUAUGGAUCCAGAGACCGUUUAGUUGUUGUGCAUCAUUGUGGGGCCCCUAUACCUGGUGAACAAAAUUUGCGAUAUUGUGUGUACAAAAUUGAUAGCCGUGUUGAAGCCGUUUGUUCUGGUUAUGUGCCACUGUUUCCAAAAUCAACUCUUAGAUGGGUUGGUUUUUCUGAUUAUGGAUCAUUGUGUAUUCUAGAUUCUGCUGGAACUUUACGAAUGUUGAUUAAAUCCUAUUGGAGUCCCUUAUGUUAUGUAGAUAAUACGUGGAAGGACACUACAAAUCAUUAUUUUGUCAUUGGAGUCAGUGAGGCACGUCAAGAUAUAAGAUGCAUUCUUUGUAAAGGUUCUUAUUAUCCUGCAACAACACCUCAUCCUUUUUUGAAUGAAAUACCCUGGCAGAUUCCAUUGUGUGAUCUUAAUCAAGAAAAAGGUGAAUUAGAAGAAAAAUUUUGGAGAUCCAAUAUAGCUUUAUCAAUUUUACCGGAAGAAGAUGGACUUCAGUAUGAUAAAGAAUUAAAAACUACAUUUUUAAAACUGUUUGCUAUGGCAUGUAAGAGUGGUCAUGAUAUGAGAGCAUUAGAGCUAUGUAAACUUAUAAGAUCUGAGCAAUAUUUAAAUUUAGCCCUCAAAUAUACAAUGCGAGUUGGGAAUAGUAGUUUAGCAACAAAAAUUACAACAAUUAUAGAAAAUGAAGCAAUAGUAGAUGAUGGACCAAAACCAGUAACAUAUUCAGAAUUAUUUAAUGGUCCAUCAACUUCAUAUAACAAGAAUACAAACUAUAUUUCACAACAAUCGCAAGAUUUAUUUUCUGAAAAAUACAGUCCAAAUGAUAAGGAAGACAAUAAUAAAGUUGUAGAAUCAUCAAGUAUUUUGGCAGUUAUAAAAAAGAAACAAGAAUCUGAACUGAUGAAUGAGUCCAACGAUAUAGAUCGAGCUUUUAAUCCAUUUAAAAAAAAAACUGGUGGACAAGCUAAUAUUUCAAUUGGUACUCUUUCGCCACUUGAUCAAACAAACGAGCCCUCGAAUGACAAUAAAAGAAAAUCUGAUUUAAAUGACAGUUCCGAAGACAUUAAUUCAACAAACAAAUCAAAAAAACCCAAAGGAGUUUCAAAGUUGUCAUCUUUUAUUUUUAAAAAAUAA